CCUGCGGUAGAGUUGGAUGGUGGGAAAUCUCUACGUGGGGUCGCGGGACUUGCCUGGAGGGAGGCCUCUGGUGCGGUCGGAAGAUGGAUAUCCUGAAAGCGGAGAUCUCUCGGAAACGGCAGCUGGUGGAGGACAAGAAGCUGCUGGGGGAAAGUAAAAGAUACUUCAAACGUAGUGAACUUGCCAAAAAAGAAGAGGAGGCAUACUUUGAAAGAUGUGGCUACAAGCCUGUAAAUGAGAAGCCAACUGGAGAGGUACAGCCAAAAGAGGAGGAUCAGAAACCAUUAGCUUCAUCCAAUCCAGUAUUAGAACUGGAACUGGCGGAAGAAAAAUUGCCCAUGACUCUUUCAAGGCAAGAGGUCAUCAGGCGGCUGAGAGAAAGAGGAGAACCAGUUAGAUUGUUUGGAGAAACAGAUUAUGAUGCAUUUCAGCGAUUAAGAAAGAUAGAGAUUCUCACACCAGAGGUUAACAAGGGUUUAAGGAAUGACUUGAAGGCAGCUUUGGAUAAGAUUGAUCAACAGUACCUUAAUGAAAUUGUUGGUGGUCAAGAACCAGGAGAAGAGGACACUCAGAAUGAUCUGAAAGUCCAUGAAGAAAACACCACUAUUGAAGAAUUAGAGGCAUUGGGAGAAUCCUUAGGAAAGGGGGAUGAUCAUAAAGACAUGGACAUCAUAACAAAAUUCCUUAAGUUUCUCCUUGGAGUUUGGGCUAAGGAACUUAAUGCUAGAGAAGAUUAUGUAAAACGCAGCGUUCAGGGCAAAUUGAACAGUGCCACGCAAAAGCAGACAGAAUCAUAUCUGAGGCCACUCUUCAGAAAACUACGAAAAAGGACUCUUCCUGCCGAUAUUAAAGAAUCAAUAACAGACAUUAUUAAAUUCAUGUUGCAGAGAGAAUAUGUGAAGGCCAAUGAUGCUUAUCUGCAGAUGGCCAUUGGAAAUGCUCCAUGGCCAAUUGGAGUCACUAUGGUUGGUAUUCAUGCCAGAACUGGUCGUGAAAAGAUUUUUUCCAAGCACGUUGCACAUGUUCUAAAUGAUGAGACACAAAGAAAAUAUAUUCAGGGUUUGAAAAGAUUAAUGACCAUUUGUCAGAAGCACUUCUCAACAGACCCCUCAAAAUGUGUGGAGUACAAUGCCCUCUGACAACUCUUCUCUAUGGAGCUGUAGAACAAUAAGAAACAUAAGACCUGUGGCCUUUUGCGGAACUGCUACCACGAAUGAAGAGAAGAGAAAGAAUCAAGUUUUGGGAGCAGCUGAUGUUUUUACCCUAAUUUAUUUAUUUCUUUAUUUAGAGAAUUGUUUGGUUCUUACAUCAAAUAUGAUAGCAGAUUCUUGGUUAUUGCCUCAUAAUUUUAUUUUUAAUACUUUCAGAACCAAGCACCAAGGCUUAUUAUUUCCCCACAUUCUACCAUAUAUAGACAGCAACCACUGAGGGAUUCCUAUUGGACUUUUCCCCUUAGAGGUAGAAGUUGUUGGUAAAUGAUUAGAAGGAAACAUUUGAGAUUGACUUGUAAUUAUUUCUGUAAAAUAUGAUAAUAUUCCAUUUAUAAUUACAUAAAUUUUAUAGAAAAAAAGCUUUUCUUCUUCUUCUUUAGUAACAACCUCUAAAAUACAACAUCCCUUAAUGACAUUUGAAUUCUUCAAAUGUGUCUGAUUUUUCUGUUUUCCAUUAGAGGUUUGGCUUUUAAUUUUGUGACUCAUUUGUUUUUCUUUGGUUUCUGAUCUUGUUUUUCACAUUUUUCUGGGACUAAUAUCUUAAAGAAGUUCAAAUAAUCAGGAAAUUGGUAUUUUAAAUUUUAAUUUGUUAUAUCUUACUAUGCAAAUUCCUAAAGAAAUUUAGUAAUCUCUGCAUGUGAGAUUAUGAAAUAAAAGGUUUCCUGUGGGAAACAGUAUCGGCCAAAAAGAGUGAUGAAGUUUCAAAAACUCUUAUUCUUUGCAGACCAUGAUCAUCCACGGAUCUUGCCACCCACUGUGAAUUAGUCACAUUUUCGUGACAUUCUGCCACAUUGUAGCAAGUAGCAGAGGCCAAAGCAGAUGGUACCUUUGUUAUCCAGAGCAUUCACUUAAUGGUAGUAUUUCCUGGUUCCAAAUGAUCAGAUAAAUAAGUACUUGCUCUAAUUUUUUUCUGCACAAAGGAAGUCCCCAUUUCACACACCCCCUCCCCCAUCCUGUGCAGUGCUGUCUAGUGAUCAUAUUGAAUAUGAUAUGUAACUGAAAGGUAGAAGAAAGAAAAGAAUUAAGAUAAUUUAGGGGAUUAUGUAUAUAGAAUGUCAUUAUGUAACUAAGUGGGGAUAGUCAAGGUACUUUCAUGACUGGAUUGUCAUACUAGGAAGGUCUACAUGUUCCUGCCCGUAGUUGGCUCCACAUUUGUUUAACUCAAAAGUCAGGAAAAAAGAAGUUUUAGUGGGAAUUAGAUAAGACUGAGUUCGUGAGUGAAGAUGUAUAGAUAUUCCUGGCCCAAAAGUUCUUAAUCUUUUUAGUGUCAUGGACUCCUUUGGCAGUGUGGUGGAAAAAAAAAACAAAUUCAGAUUAUUUUUGAAUGUAUGAAAUAAAAUUCAUAAGACUACAAAGGAAAUCUAUUAUACUGAAAUGUAGUUACCAAAAUAUGUUUUUAAAAUUCCUGACCUCAGGUUCAGGAUCUCUG